CUCUCGAUCCCACCGACCAGGUCUCACUUUCGUUCUAUUCAUCUCAAUUCUUUCAUCGUCUUUCGCGUCCCCCAAUUCUUCGUCAACUCGACGCCAUGGAUCCCAACCCUAAAUCCUUUCCCAUCCUCUCCUACGUCAUGUCUCGACUUCCCAAGGUGGCCUCCUUCAAGGCUGCCCAAAUCCCCCACGAUCACGACGACAUCGAGCAGCCGACUCCGCCUGACCACUCUCGGAGCCAGCGCGACGACGAGGUCGAACUGAUGGAUCGUCUUCCCCUCCUCCAUCGCCCCGCCCUCCUCUCCUCCAUGGCCGCCUCUAUAGCCGACGUCGCCCAAACCCGCUCCGUGCUCCGCACCAUCGGCGACCGUCCUGACCACGAGUCCGUAGACACCGCCCGUGUCCGCGUCGCUGAGAUCGACGAAGACCUCGCCCGACAGAUCGAGGAGAUCGAAGCCGCACCGUCCUCCGAGGAGGGGGAUUUGCUCCUGUGGCGGGCGGAGCAGGAGGAGGAGUGCAGGGCCAGAGCAGAGCGGGAGAAGGUCGCCCUGCGCGCCGUGAUUCAACUGGACGAGAUGCACGAAUCUUAUGAGAGGCUUCUGAGGGAGGCGGAGGAGAGGUUGGUGAAAAUAUAUGAUGCCGAGGACGUUUCUGCGAUGGUGCAGGAGGAGGGGAAGGAAGUGAAUGAUAAGGUGAUUGCUGUUCUGCGACAAGGGUCGGAGAAGGACUUGGGCAGUGUGGACCUUUCAGGCCAACAACUCAAGUAUCUACCUGAGGCAUUCGGGAAGCUGCGAGGCUUAAUCUCUCUCAACUUGUCCGACAAUCUGCUAGAGGCUAUUCCAGAUGCCAUAGCAGGGUUAGAAUGUCUAGAGGAACUUAGACUAUCGUCCAACAGUCUUAUUUCACUGCCUGAUUCCAUUGGACUUUUCCCAAAACUAAAGAUUGUGGACGUAUCGAGUAACAAGCUCAAGUCCUUGCCAGAUAGCAUCUCAAAAUGCAGGUCGUUGGUUGAGCUGGAUGCAAGUUAUAAUGAACUAGCUUAUUUGCCAACUAAUAUAGGAUAUGAGUUGCAGGAUCUAGAGAAACUAUGGAUCCACCUCAAUAAACUACGCUUUCUUCCCACAUCUAUCUGUGAGAUGAUAUCAUUGCGCCUAUUGGAUGCCCAUUUCAAUGAACUUCACAGACUUCCAGAGGCCAUUGGGAAGUUAACAAAUCUUGAAAUAUUGGAUCUUAGUAGCAACUUUAAUGAUCUGCAAGAGCUUCCUGCAACCUUUGGCGAUCUGAUCAGCCUUAGGGAACUUGAUCUUAGUAACAACCAGAUACAUGCAUUGCCCGAUACAUUUGGCCGUCUAGACAAGUUGACAAAGCUUAAUUUGGAUCAGAACCCCUUAGUCAUCCCCCCAAUGGAAGUUGUAAUCCAAGGUGCGGAAGCAGUGAAGGAAUACAUGUCGAAGAGGUUGCUCGAUUUGUUGUUGGAAGAACAGAGGAAGAGUAUUGCUGAAGCAGACUCACCUGCUCAAGAUGGUUGGUUGACACGAAGCACGUCGUGGCUGAACAAUUGGGUUAGCGGAGUUUCUGGAGGUGUUGCAGAUUACCUUGGUGCGGGGCAGAAGUCUGACAGAGAUUCAUAUCUUGAUCAGCAGCUGUGAAUAAAGAUCCUCCUGAUAAACCUUGCAGAGGGAAUAUUUGGCUAUUCUUGUUUGUAAAGAAGGGGUGCAGAAAUAAACUGAGGACUAGUAUUUCACUUUCAAAAGGGUGACUUUUUCAAGUUCAGUCCGUUCUUGUUGAAAUUUCUUUUAUUAAUGAGAUUAAUAUAAUAGGUUUGGGUUUUGUCUGUUAACUCAUUGACAAGUCAAACCUUAACAGGUAAAUCUUUUGCAUUUUCCUAAACCUUGAGUCAGGAUAAAUACAAUGCCACUUCUUUCUUUAAA